AUGAAAUGCUAGAAUGCAGAAUCUGAACUUCAAACAACUAUUCACUCUAAACUAUAUCCUUCUGAAAUACACAGUCCCUAAGCAGAGAGAUAGACAAUCCAAUAGAAAAAGAGAAAAUGGAAUAGCGAUGAAAUGGCUAAAUAUUGUCCUAUUGAUAUACCUAAUGCAUUCCAAUAUGACAAGGUCAAUUUACAGAAGUUUAGAUUGUUUCUUGAUGGGAAGUACUCUGCAAACAAAUUAGUAAAGGAUAUGAAUGCUGUGACUAAGAGGAAACGAUUAACCUAAUUGGAGUAAGAAUUCCAUAAACAAAAGGAGGAGCAACAAUUAAGAAAGGAAUAGGUGGAAAGAAGAUUCACAAAAGUGAGAACAUUGAUUAAUACAAACAUUAAACUAAGAGAAUCCUUGAAGCUCGAAUCUAACUUGAAAGGAAGCAGAAUGUUCUCUCAAUUGAAUAAUCACAUAGUAGAUCACAUAGCCAAGAUAAAAUCGAAGGAUUUAUUGACUGAUCGAAUAGAUGGAGUCAGAUAAUGCGAGCCAACAAAACUCUAUGAUUACAGCAAAUCUGGGAUUAAGUUAAAAUUCAACAAGAACUAAAAGCUUAUAAAAUCUCAGACCUAGUUCUGUUUGAAGUAGACAACAUCAUUAGAAGUCUAGGAUCAUGUCGAACAGUAUUUUAAACAAUAACAAGAUGCCUUGCAUUCCAUUGAAUUCAAAUAAAAACGAAAGGCAAAAUUGAAAAUCAUCUCCGACAGAAAACAUCGCAAGUAUUUCACUGAGUUUGACAUCAAUUUAUAGAAUAAGAAGGCACCUCCUUCGAUUAAGGAUGUGCAACUAUUUAAAUACAUUCAUGGGUAGAUGUUGAUUGAAAGGUUUUAGUAAAAACAAGAAGAUUAAAAAGAGUAUUUCGGGAACCCUUUGAAAAGCAGAAAAAGCUAUCAUAUUCUUUCAAACUUUGAUGAUCCUUCAGAACUUUAUGCAUUUGAUGAUUGUGAUUAAUCUUUCGAAUCAAUGAAAGAGAUGAAACUCUCCAAUCUCUAUUCUCAAAGUAUUGAGUUGCAAAAGAAAUUAUUGGCAGAAAGAAGAAUUGUUAAUUAAGUCUAACAAUCCAAGCAAAUAGAUCAAACUACCAAUAUGAUUUAGGUUGUCAACAAAUAAAAACUAAAAUGA